CUGUCUUCUGUUCGAGCCUUAGGGUAGUGUUCCUGUUGUCUGCUACAAAUGUUGUCGAGUUACAGGUUUGUUAGUAAACUUGGUAACCUGACAUUUAAUGGAUUUGUACUUUUAUAAUUUAUUAUAAAUAUUUCGUUUUUCCGUCCACACUGUUCAAAAUUCAGAUAAUACAGAUUGCUGAGAAUGAAGCUGUCAGCGCUAGAUGAGUAUCGAACAGUCGAGUUCAUUCACCAUAACACUGCCAUCCAGACUCACAUCAUGGAACAUUUUUGCCAGUGUCGUGCAAGCAAGCGUUUCAUUGACCUAGAGGUAGAAGUCCAGGGUGUUAUCUUCCCUUGCCACAAACUACUACUGGAUUCAUUCUGCCCAUACUUUGCUGCUAGUUUUUCUUUCCAUGAAGAAAGUUUGAAAGCUAGUGGCAUGGAAAAUGGAGCAGAGGAGCAGUUGAGAGAAUGGUAUUAUCUUAUGAAUGGAGUGACUGUAGCAGGUUUUUCAAGAUUGCUGGAUUAUAUGUACACUUCAGAACUUCAGGUGAAUGUAGAGGAUGUCAUCGAUGUACUUCGCUGUGCUGAUUUCUUGCAGUUCAGGAAUGUAGUUCAGUUGUGCAGUGGUUUCAUGCAACAGCACAUUACUGCAGAAACAUGUCUACAGGUCCUUUUUUUAGCUCAGGCUCACGACUUGCAGGACCUUUAUGAGAAGGCCUUGACAUUUAUCACCACAAAUCUAAGUGAUGUAAUUCAUCAGAGUGAAUUUGGUAAUCUUUCCUCUGAAAAUCUGAUAAAAAUUAUCAGCAACUCUAAUCUUGAGGUUUCUUCAGAAGCUCUAGUGAUUCAGGCUGUCCUAACAUGGGUUAAAGCCAGCAACACUGAGCAAAUAUCUCUUCUUCCUGACUUGUUGAAAUAUGCCAGAAUACGUCCAGUUGAUCUACAAGAACUGAAAAAAAUGUAUUUCUCAGAAGAUACAAAAAUAAUAUCUAUGCAAGACAUAGUAUCUCCUCAAUACCUCUGGAAUAUGUUUUCAAAGGACAUCGCCAUCUCAUCCCUUCCUGACAGAUUGACAGAAGUUUUGGUCAUAGUGAGUAGAGAGACUGAAAGAAAACACCGAGGUGUGGUAAAAGAUCUUUCCACUGUUUACUUCUAUGACCCAGAAGCUCUGCGAUGGGAGAAAAUGACAAAAUUACCUUUUGACAAUCGACAUUUCUACACAGCUGCUGUGCUUAACAAUAUAUUGUAUCUCACGGGUGGUCUCAGCAUAGACUCUCAUGAUAUCAACUGUACAAAAAUUGUGUUCAAUGAUUGCUGGAGUUACAACCCUUCUGCAGAGGGGUGGACAGAAAGGCAAUCGAUGCUGAUCCCAAGGUAUAAUCACAGCUCAUCUGCAAUGCAAGGCAAACUGUAUGUUGUUGGUGGUCGAGCUGCCUCAACUGGUUUAAACCUGCGUGGUGAUGGAGAGGCAUAUGACCCACAUGCUGACCAGUGGACCAUGAUCUCACCACUACGCUGUGUGAGUGGAAUAGGCAAUGCAGCUUUGACAGCACUAGAUGGUAAGCUAUACAUCUGUGGUGGUACAUACAGCUACCUGGACAGACGCAAUGAAAUAAACUUUGACUCCUAUUUGGGUGCUCAAGUUUAUGACCCUGAAGAGGAUCUGUGGCAUGAACUGCUGGUCCUGGAACACGAAAUUACAAAGAAUAACAUCCGGGUUAGUUCAGGUGAUAUGCUGGCUGUGGAUGGCUUUCUUCUUCUGCUGGAUGACGACGUAGGAAAGUCUCACUACAUCUACAAUCCUGUGUCACGGUCUGUCAGUAGCUUGGUCAGAGCUCAUGGACAUCAUCGGUUUGCUGGCUGGGCAGUGUAUAAGGGAUGUCUUGUGUGCACAGGAGGGUAGAGGAUGAGCGUUUUGGCAUGACAGACAUGGUGCAUGCAUGGGAUAUGGCUGACAGACAUCAUGGCUGGAGUAUGAUGCCACCAUUGCCCAGCUCUUUGUCACAUCACGCUUGUUUGAUCAUGCACAUUCAUCUACUAAGAGUGGACACUACAGGUCAAUAUAACCCUUAGAUUUUUGACUGCAGUGAUGUUCAUGUUUGAAAUUGUUUAUUCUUUUGGUCCAAAUGAAUGAAACUUUUCUUAACAUGAUAUUUUGUUAAUGCAUCUUUUUAAAAUCAACUUAAAUUCUUUCAGUUGUGCUGUGAUUUUAAUUGGUUGCUUCAUUUGUUUUUAAAUUUUGAAAUCCCUGUUAAUUUUUUUUUUCCAGUCUGUGAUAAAUCUCAGUGUUGACUUAAAUGUUUUGUUUUUGAAUGUAUGGCUCUUUACCUUUUCCAAAUACAUUUUGCUGAGAAUAUUCUUAAAUGAACAUUUUUGACUGACAUGAUAAUCUCAUCUUAUGAUAAGCUUAUGUAUGAUUGCUUUUCCCUUACAGUGAGAGGGAGCAUGUUCAGGAACAUUUCUUUAAUUUAAAACUGAUGAAAGAGUUUUUGCUGCAGUGAUAAUUUUUUUACAUUACUUUUAAUCACUAAGAAUAAAAAGUUUUACUUGAAGAGUGUUUCAGAUUAACAGCUUGUGCCUUUUAUUUAGAGGUUUAACUAAGAAGAUAUACAGCUUAUUUUAAGCAGAAAGAGAAACACAUAAACAUGGGAGUUGCUGAUUUGUAUGCUGCUGUUUACAAUACUUCAAAAUAAAUUUUAUUGAGAAGUUA